CCGACCUGACCAAUAUCCAUCUCUAACUAGGUACGGACUAUAGAGUACUCGUACAUUAAAAUCGUUAAAGAAAACACGAAUUAUAUAUUCUGCUAUUUUCCCUCAAAUUUUUUACAACAAUUGGGUUUGUCAGUGUGUGUCAUCUUCCUCACUGAGUACUGUCAUAGAGUAGUUGCUACAACUGGAAGCGUCUUUCUGCUACCUGAUUCACAAGCAAUUUUCCUCCUUUUUUUUGGGUUAUUCAACUGAGGAGAGAAAAUUAGAGAGAGGGUACAAUGGAUUCAUUAAUAGUUGGGUCAUUUACAAGGCCAAAUUCACACAAUUUAUCAGCAGCUGUUCUUCUUCCUUCACUCAGAAAUUCAAUCCAAGGCUCGAAGUUUAAAGAAUGGAGUUUGAUAGAGGGAAUUUGCAAUGUGAGGUACCAGCGACAGUUGGUGGAGAAUCACACUAUAACUGGUCAAAGGAAGCAUAUGCUGUCCCCGACAUAUAGUAGAAAACGCUUGGUAGUUGCGUGCCACGGACAGUCGCUUGAAUCUGAACCAAACGCUUAUGAACCUAAGAAUAUUUGGAAUUCAAUUAUCAAUUUUUUGGAUGCCUUUUAUAGGUUUUCAAGGCCUCACACAGUUAUAGGAACAGCAUUGAGCAUAGUUUCAGUUUCUCUACUUGCAGUGCAGAAGCUUUCAGAUUUUUCUCCUAUGUUUUUCACUGGAAUGUUAGAGGCCAUUAUUGCUGCUCUUUUCAUGAAUAUAUACAUCGUAGGUUUGAAUCAGAUAUCUGACAUAGAGAUAGACAAGGUCAACAAACCAUAUCUUCCUCUUGCAUCCGGGGAAUAUUCUACUGGAACUGGUAUCUUCAUUGUUACGUCAUUUGCCAUAUUGAGUUUUUGGCUGUGGUCAGUUGUUGGUUCAUGGCCCUUAUUCUGGGCUCUUUCUGUCAGCUUUGUGCUUGGUACAGCAUAUUCCAUAAAUCUGCCUAUGUUGAGAUGGAAGAGAUCUGCUGUUGUUGCAGCAAUGUGUAUCCUCGCCGUUCGGGCUAUAAUUGUUCAAAUUGCUUUUUUCCUGCACAUGCAGACACAUGUCUUUGGACAACCAGCUAUCUUUUCCAGGCCAUUGAUUUUUGCAACUGCAUUUAUGAGUUUCUUUUCGGUGGUUAUAGCAUUGUUUAAGGAUAUACCUGAUAUGGAAGGUGAUAGGAUAUUUGGUAUCCGGUCAUUUACAGUACGACUGGGACAGAAGCGGGUAUUUUGGAUUUGUAUUUCUCUACUUCAAAUUGCUUAUGCUGUUGCCAUUUUAGUUGGGGCAUCAUCCUCCUUUCUUUGGAGCAAACUUAUCACGGUUGUUGGUCAUGGUAUAUUGGCUGCAAUGCUGUGGAGAAGUGCCAAAUCUACUGAUCUUAGCAGCAAAGUUGCAAUCACUUCUUUUUACAUGUUCAUCUGGAAGCUAUUUUAUGCAGAGUAUUUGCUAAUACCACUUGUAAGGUGAUUUACAGAACGUGAUGAAGAUGAUUUUGCUCCCCAGAUUAGUGACAAAGUGUACAUAUAGGAUUUUUCCUUAUUGAGGGGAGGUACAUUAAAUAUUGAGCUGAAUUUGUGCAAGUAUUGCUAAAUAUUCAGAUAUUUUUUUUCAUAAAAAAAUGUCAGCUUCAGUUAGUUGCUGUCAUUUUCAUCAUCUUUACUUCUUUCUGUGGAUCAGGUAAUUUCAAGAUUCAUAUCUGCUAAACUAGCUGACAUUCUGUCUUGAUUUUAGAUAAUUUUUUUUAUAAAAAUACCUUUUUACUUA